AUGAUGGCGCCUGAUCCCAUACCUCAGAACCAGUCCAGCAUUCUUCACUUCUGGUACGAACAAUACGUAUCCAAACCCGCAGUAGUACGCGAUGUCAGCCUACAAGGGCAGACGGCCAUUAUAACCGGUUCCAAUACCGGAGUCGGGUACCAGACCGCCAAACAGCUCCUCGACUUAGGACUUAGCAAACUUAUCCUCGCGGUCCGCGACGAGGAGAAGGGUAAGGCUGCUGCCGCUAAUCUAUCUUCAAGCCGGGAUCUUGCUCCAAACGCUAUCGAGGUCUGGCUGUUGGACCACUCGUCGUACGAAUCGGUUGUUUCCUUCGCAGAACGUGCCAAAAGUCUUGACCGUUUGGAUUUUGUGAAUCUCAACGUUGGUAUCAUUCUGACAAAGCGCACCUUCAACAACAACACUGGUCAUGAUGAAUGUAUCCAGGUAAACUAUCUAUCGACUGCUUUACUGGCACUCCUCCUGCUUCCAGUUGUAAAGGAGAAGAUGGCAAACCAAGCAAAACCGAGCGGCAUUACCUUCACCUCUUCCGAAGUCUCAGCCUGGACCAAAUUCACGGAAAGGACAGCAAAGGGGUCUUUACUUGCUGCACUGGAUUGCAAGGAUGGUAAGGUGGAUAUGUUGGACCGCAUGUGGGUGUCAAAAUUACUCGGCCAGUUCUUUCUCGCCAAGCUUGCGGCCGAGAUUCCUCCAUCCAUUGCCUUGAUCAAUGGAGCUUCGCCAGGUGCUGUCCACGACUCCGAGUUCAAUCGUGAGAUUGAGAAGACAUUCAUGGGAAAGAUUAUCAAGUUGAUCUUGAAAUUUCUCGCCAACUCGUCAUCUGUUGCUGCUCGUAUGAUGACGGAUGCUAUGGUCCAUCAUGGCGAGGAAACUCAUGGGCAUUUUCUAUCAUUUCAGAAAGUGGUGCCAAUGAGUCCCAUUCUCUAUACAAACGAAGGGCGGGCUAUUUCAGAACAGCUCUGGAAGGAGACAUUGGCCGAGUUCUCAUUUGCCAAUGUUGAUGAUAUUAUGAGAACUAUCAAAGAUUGA